AUGAGGACUUUGACAAAGCUCUUCUUAGCCAGUAUCAGUGUGGCUUUUAUAGCUGUCAAAUGGAGUGCGCCGAGUUUCCAGCCAGAGAGCCUUCGGGGGGCCAGGGUGCUGGUGACGGGGGCUAGUACAGGGAUUGGAGAACAAAUGGCUUACCAUUAUGCCCGAUUUGGAGCGCAAAUAGUAAUAACAGCAAGAAGAGAGAAAGUGUUACAACAGGUUGCUGAUAAAUGCCUGAGUUUGGGAGCACAGAAAGCUCUGUACAUCGCAGCAGACAUGUCCUCAGAGUCAGACCCGGAGACUGUGGUAGACUUUGCUCUGCAAAAGCUUGGAGGUCUGGAUUACUUAGUCCUGAAUCACAUCGGCCCCUCACCUUUCAGCAUGUGGAAGGGUGAUAUAGAGCACUCCCGGUGGCUGAUGCAGGUAAAUUUCUUCAGCUAUGUUCAGAUGGCCUGGAAAGCACUGCCGUCAUUGGAGCAAAACAAAGGAUCACUGGUCAUAGUUUCAUCACUUUUAGCUAAGAUGGCCGGUCCCUUCACGGCUCCUUACUCCUCCACAAAGUUUGCCUUGAAUGGCUUCUUUGGCUCCCUGCAGCAUGAACUGGCGAUGAACAACAGCAACGUAUCUCUGUCUAUUUGUACACUGGGUCUGAUUGACACAGACACGGCAAUGGAGAAAAUCAGGGGGAUCAUUGAUAUCCCAGCAGCCCCAGCUUCGGAGGCCGCUCUGAGAAUUAUCCAGACGGGAGCUACUCGACAGGAGGAGCUGUACUACCCCUGGAACACAUACUUAGCCACUCUCACCAAAGACUGGAUCCCUUCAGCCACCAACUACAUCGUACGCAACGCAUACAACUACAUCCCAUGA